AUGAAAUCAGUUGCUAUAAUAUUCAUCUUCUUUGCAAUUUCAUUAUGCAUCUAGACACUUGUUGAAUUUCAUUUAAUUAAAAAGAUUUAACAGGAGCUUAUAUAAAUACAAUAAUUUGCCUAAAUCAUAAAAUGUUUCAAAUUGUGGAGAUGAUGUCAUUUAGAUUGAUUUUUUUUUUCGCUUUAUAAUAUGCUUCAAAACUGACAAAGCAAAUGUGUGUCUUAAUUAUUAGAAUUGAAAAAGGAAGUUGAUGUAAUUAGUCACUUUCAGAAGAAUAUACAAAUUAUUUAUAUACAGAGUCUGAAUUUGUAGAGAUUUAUAUCUAAAUUGGAUUGAAAGUGACGGAUAGGAUGAAAUAAAUAAUGAGAAAAUAUAUCACUAUGUACAAUUAAAAUUAAUUUCACACAUUUCAUUCCUACUAAGAAAGAGAUUCAUUAAGGAAAUCUUAAAUGAAAUACAAAACAUCAAGAUUAAGAUGCAGGAUAUUUGAUUGUUAAUUUUGCCUAAAAGCUUUAGGUAACAGAAAUAUCUUAUGA